GCCUUACAGAAUAGGUCACGGCCAGGCCUGGGAACUGCUUAAGAAAAGAAAACACCCGCCCUUAACUUCAGCUCACUGCUUUGCUAAACGCAUAAAUGUGUCUCUUUUGAACCCAACUCAAAGCUGAUCUCCAUGAAAGGUCUGAGCGCACUAAAAUAGCACUGCCCAGCUGCAGCACUGACAUUUGGAGCACAGCAGGCAGAGCAGCAAGGCACGGUCAGCAGCUCCUCAGCCCAGCUCCAAAGCACUCACUCACAGCAGUGGAGGACAUCAUCGCAAGGAAGGGACGGAGUGCCCGGCUGGAAGGAACUCACCAAUGAGCACGGAAGGGCAGCGCAGGAGGCUUCGCUGUGAGCAAUCGCCCUGCUGGAGGACAAGCCCUCUGCUAACGAUGGAAGGCUCUCAAGACCCUUAACACCUUCACUAAAAGCACCGCAGCAGUCCAAUCCAGAAAGGAACAACAACAUUGCACGAUGUUCAACUCCAGCACAAACUCCUCGGGAAGCAGCUGCAGUAACAGCACAGUAAUAACAAGGGCAGUAAUUCCCCUGAUCUACUGCUUGAUUUUCGUGGUAGGAUUGCUGCUGAAUGGCGUGGCAGCAUGGAUCUUUCUCUGCAUCUCCAGCAAGAAGAGUUUUAUCGUCUAUCUCAAAAACAUUGUUGUUGCUGAUCUCCUAAUGAGUCUGACAUUUCCUUUCAAAAUCCUCGCUGACUCUGAAAUCGCACCUCCACAGCUCAACACCUUUGUGUGCAGAUACUCUGCUGUUGUUUUUUAUGCAAAUAUGUACAUCGGAAUAUCAUUCUUUGGCCUCAUAGGUUUUGACAGGUACUACAAAAUCGUGAAGCCUUUAUUCACCUCCUUUGUUCACACGGUUCACUACAGUAAGGUUAUCUCUGCCAUCAUAUGGCUACUGAUCACGUUUAUAACACUUCCAAAUAUGAUUUUAACUAAUGAAAUCUCUAAAGCAAAUGAUUCCAGAACAUGCAUCGGCCUUAAAAGCGAGCUUGGCAAACAGUGGCACGAGGUGUCAAGUUAUAUUUGCACAGGGAUUUUCUGGAUUGUUUUCCUCCUACUCAUCAUUUUUUACACCUCAAUCUCCAAAAAAAUAUACAGCUCCUACAAAAAAUUCAGGAGGAACUCGGACUCUGCUAAGAGGAAAACCAGCCGCAAUAUUUUCACCAUCAUGUUCGUGUUCGUCCUCUGCUUCGUGCCCUACCACUUCUGCCGAAUCCCAUACACUCUGAGCCAAACGAGCCCACAGUUCAACUGCCGCUCACAGAGAGCUCUGUUCCUCGCCAAGGAGUUCACCCUGCUAUUAUCAGCUGCCAACGUGUGCCUCGAUCCCAUUAUUUAUUUUUUCCUCUGCCAACCUUUUAGAGAAAGGCUGUACCAAAAACUGCACCUCCAGCCGAAAACAUCAGGUGAGGCUGAAAUCACCAAAUCGAGGAGAUCAAACACGCUUCAGGAAAGCGUGAACAUUCUGUAAGCCCAGGCCUGCAGCACAACACACGCCUGGAAGCGACCCGAGAGCGUUCAGAAAGAAACUGAGCAGACGAUGGCCAGCAAUAAGCCAGCAAUGUUCCAAGCAGAAAAUACCAAGCACUGCUUCUCUAUAUAAAAAGCCUAUCGCGUGCUGUCAGUGCAUUUACUAUGUGGUAUUUCAGCUGACACUAUGAUUGCACUGCAGUGCAGUGUGACCUAUCUGGAUCUCAAAAAGAGAUGAAUAACUGGAACAAAACAUUCUGCAGUGCCAGGCCACGGUUCUGAAAGAAUUAUCCAACAUCCCAGGCGUGGCACUGCCCUCAUUCCUCAUGAAGCCAGGCAGGACACACCUGAGGAGCAGCAGGGCAGCCCGACGGGCCUGUGAACAACAGAUCAUCCCAGCUCAACCCAAGCAGACCCCUUGAAGCAACACAGUAAGGUCAGCCGGGCCUCCCUAGCUCAGCCUCUGCCAUAUAUAUAUUUGAGAGAGAGGGGGAGAGUGAGAGAGAGAGACCAAAUCCUCAAAGAUCCGCACAAAGCCUGAAAAAAAUUCUGGUGAAACUUAUAAAAAUAUUUUCGCUUUUUUAAGCAAAGUGUUCUACAAAUGCAGGGAAUUAAACAACGUGACUAUUCAUCACCCUAAGGCAUCCAGAAGUCAGAGAACUUCUUAGAUGCAAUGUUCAAUAGAAGAAAAUGUUUAAGGAGGGAUCGUUCCAUAAGCUGGUAAGCACUGUACUGUAUUGCUCAGGGCUUUCUGACAUAACAUGGUGUACAACAAACUCGUGCACGCCUUUUCUGCUGCUGCAGGAGCUGAGAACAGUUCAGGAGCUGUGUAGGGACUGGGAGGUCAUAUAUUUAAAUCUACUAAGAACAGUCUGAUGGUUUUCUCAUGCUUUUGGCACUAUGGUAAAACACUUCUCUAUGUAGAAAAGUAACAGCUGAAACCUUCCACGUGCAACUGUAAUCCACUUUUAGUGAUAUUUUUCAGUGCAGCCUUUUUUGUUUUUAAUCAUCAUAAAGGGAAACUGUACCAGUGCAUAAAGUAUCCACAGAAGCUUUCAGGUAAUGACUCUGGAAGCUCUUAUUUUGCAUAACAAAGAAGUUAUAGGAACAGAAAUAACAUGUAUUACCUUUCUGUCACUGUAUGUUACUUUAAUCCAAACAGGUAAUGCCUCAGGGUGAAUACUUUGUUUAAAUACACCCUCCUCUUUGUAAGUUUUCCAAGGCUGUGGGCAACUCGUCUUGGUCUGACAUAACUGAUCUGCAGUAACUGCUCUACCACCACCCACGACCAUGAGCUCCCUGACUCACACUGAAGCUUUGCAGGCUCUUCCUUUCAAGCAAGAGAAAUGAUUUGCAAGGAAAGGGAAUCUUUUGGUUUUGAGGUAACUACUUAUAAUUGAUGGCAAAAACAUUUGGUUCCUCAUAUGAGAUGGAUUUUAUUUGCCUACAUAAAUCUAAAUAAUUGUGUCUGUCGAAAUACAGUGGCAUACAGUGAUGAAA